UUAUAUAUUUCACCGAGUAGCUGAGAAAAUAUAUGGGCACAGAAAAAUCUAGAGAGAGAAAGUUCUAGAGAGAGAAAGUGCCGAUGAACACGCCAAUCGCCGGCGCGACGGAGUCUUAACGCACCGCAAGUAUCGAUUAUCGUAACUCUGUCUCGUUUAAUUCUGUUCCGAUAUUUUCUAGGGUUUCAAUUUUUAUCUCUCUGUUUAUUUAUAUAUACACAUCAAGUUACAAGGUGAGUGAGCUAUGGUUGAAUGUGUUUGUUGACUCGGUCUGAUUACUAGUUUGUUUGAUGAUGAACUGGAUUGUUGAUGUGUUUGAUUGAGCUGUUUGUUGUUGAUUUGUGUUUGUGUGAGGUUUGGGAGGGUUUGAUUGGAUAAUUUCUGUUUUUUUUUGGUGGAUUUGAGGGAGUUGUGAUGCGACUGUCGAGGCCUGCGGUGUUUUCGAGGACGAGGAGGAAGAGGAGUAAGGGUGCGGGGAGUGGUGGGAGGGUCAAGAAGAAGCAUAAGAGGCUUGAUGCGAUUUCUGAGGAGGUUUAUAGUAGGAAUCAUGGUGUGGUAAAAUUGGAGGUGGCAGAGGGGAAUGAGGGUUAUGUUGGCGGUGGUAGUGGAUCUAGGGGGAAUGAGGCAGAGGUUAGGAGGAGCUCGAGGGCUAGAAGGGUGCCGGAUUUGCUUGAUGCUUCGCCGCUUCCGCCGAAGAAGCGGCAGAGGUUGGAAAAAGAGACGGGGAUAGGGAAAGGGGAUGAGAAGUUGAAGUCUCCGUGCUCGACUUCGAAGAAGUUGGAGGAGGAAUCGGGUGAGUGGAAAAUGAGGUUGAGAGAUAGGAGUCGGAAUGGCAGUUUUAGAGAGAAGGGAGUGAGGGAUUCUUCGGCCAAGGGUAAAAGGAAGCUUUUUGAAGAUGGAGAUGGAUUGAGAUAUCAAUCUAAGGUGGAGGGUGUGGGACUGAGUGAGAAUAAUCAAAAAGUUAGAACCAGGAAGCUGGAGACAAUAACAAGAAAGUCGCAUAAAACUGAUGAUAUUAGAGUAUUAAAUGUUUCUAAUAAUAAGCAUCAAGAGACUAGUUCUGGAAGUGUUUUGGAGGGUCACAAGGACAAGAACAAAGCAGAGUUAUCAGAAGAUAAAGGUGGGGAUACCUUGAUCUUGGAUAGUGGAGAUACCUUGCACAUGGAUAGUGGGGAUACCUUGAACAUGAAUAGUGGAGAUACCUUGAUCAUGGAUAGUGGGGAUACCUUGCCCAUGGAUAAUGAAUUGAGAGGUGAACAUGAGGGGAAGCUGAAGCAUAAUCCAGCUUCCACAGAAAUUCUGGAGGAAAAGGAAGAUGAGAUUCCACCUAGCGUACAUUCAGAGCACUGCAUGGUGAAUGGGAAUCUGCAACCCAUGGAGCAAGAUAAGGUGGAUGAACAACCAGUUUCUUUGUUCGAAUUGGAAGACCAAACAGACACUUUAGCUGCUGGUGGCACUCUUGGUCAACAAGCAGAUGGAAAAUCGAAUGAUAAACCUUUGGAAAGUGAAAGUUCUAAGUAUGUAGAUAACCUGAAAUAUCCUUUGAAGAAUGAACUGAGCAAACCACGAAUAAAAAAGGGAAGAAGAUGCGGCCUGUGUGGGGGAGGAACCGACGGAAAACCUCCAAAGAUUUUGUUGCAGCAUGGGCUUGGGAGUGAUGACGAGGCAUACUCUGGGUCUUCUGAUGCUGAGGAACCGCAAUAUGACACAUUGGAUGGAUUUGGUAAUGAGCCCAGCUGGCUUGGGCGCCUCUUGGGUCCCAUAAAUGACCGUUUUGGUAUUGCUGGAAUAUGGGUUCAUCAACAUUGUGCUGUUUGGAGUCCUGAGGUUUAUUUUGCUGGAUUAGGACGUUUAAAAAAUGUAAGGGCAGCUCUUUGCAGAGGAAGGCUACUGAAAUGUAGCCGGUGCGGUAGGCGUGGGGCAACAGUCGGAUGUCGUGUUGAUCGGUGCACUAAAACUUAUCACUUGCCUUGUGCUCGAGCCAAUGGUUGCAUCUUUAAUCAUCGCAAAUUUCUCAUAGCCUGCACGGAUCAUCGAAAUAUCUUCCAACCUCAAGGUAGUAAAAAAAGUUCUUGGUUGAAGAAAAUGAAAGCUAAAAAGAUGAAAAUGGAAAUAAGAAAACAAUCUGGUGAUGCCUGGCGUAAAGAUGUCGAAGCAGAAGAAAAAUGGUUAGAGAACUGUGGGGAAGAUGAAGAAUUUUUGAAACGGGAGAGCAAGAGGCUUCAGAGAGAUCUGUUAAGAAUUGCACCUAUAUAUAUUGGAGGGUCGAAAACUGAUAAUGAAACUCAGUAUGGGGGUUGGGAAUCUGUUGCAGGGCUUCAAAAUGUUAUUCAUUGUUUGAAGGAGGUUGUUAUAUUGCCUCUACUGUAUCCCGAAUUUUUUAGUAAUAUCGGGCUCACUCCACCUAGGGGUGUUCUUUUGCAUGGAUAUCCUGGAACAGGUAAAACUUUGGUGGUUCGUUCGUUAAUUGGCGCAUGUGCUCGUGGUGAUAAAAGAAUAGCCUAUUUCGCUCGCAAAGGUGCAGAUUGUCUCGGAAAAUAUGUUGGUGAUGCAGAGCGACAACUGAGACUUCUGUUUCAGGUUGCAGAGAAAUCACAGCCAUCUAUAAUUUUCUUUGAUGAGAUAGAUGGUUUGGCACCUUCUCGCACGAGGCAGCAAGACCAAACACAUAGUUCAGUUGUUUCUACUCUGCUUGCUUUAAUGGAUGGUUUGAAAUCACGUGGUUCUGUUGUAGUAAUUGGAGCUACAAAUCGUCCUGAUGCUGUUGAUCCAGCUUUGAGGAGACCUGGGAGGUUUGAUAGGGAGAUCUAUUUUCCACUGCCUUCGGUCAAGGAUAGAGAAUCUAUUCUCUCCCUCCACACAAAAAAAUGGCCAAAAGCUGUUACUGGAUCUUUACUUAAGUGGAUUGCUAGAAGAACUGCAGGAUUUGCUGGUGCUGAUCUUCAGGCUCUUUGUACUCAAGCAGCUAUGAUCGCUCUUAAGAGGAGCUGCCCAUUACAUAAAAUACUUUCUGAAGCUGAAGGAAAUUUUAGUCACGGUAAGAGGCCUGCUCUUCCCUCAUUUAAUGUGGAGGAGAGGGAUUGGUUAGAGGCACUUUCAUGUGCACCACCUCCGUGCUCCCGCAGGGAAGCAGGAAUGGCUGCUAAUGAUGUUGUAUCGUCGCCUCUUCCGGCCCAUCUUAUUCCUUGUCUGAUAAAGCCACUGUCCACAUUACUUCUUUCUAUGCAUUUAGAUGAACGGACCUGGUUGCCACCACCUCUUUCCAGAGCCUCCACAUUAAUAAAAGAUGUAAUUCUGUCUGUCUUGAAAAAGAAGAAUAUCAAGGGUGGAAGCUGGUGGUCCCAUGCUCAUGGUUUGCUUGAAGAAGCAGAUGUGUUAACCGAAAUAGCGAGUAGCCUGUCACGUGAAAGACUUAUAGUUGGAGAUGCUUGUGCUUUAGUUCUUGAUACAUUAAAUGAAGGUGCUGGCGAUCAGGAUGUUUUAGGUGUUCAGCCACUGGUUACCCGUACUACUUUGCUGCAAAACGUGUCUCUUUUAGGAAAGAAAUCAGGUUUCAGGAUAUUAAUUUCUGGAGAUCCCUGUGGUGGUCAGAAACAUAUAGCUUCCUGCAUUCUUCACUGUUUUGUUGGAAAUGUUGAGAUUAGGAAGAUUGAUUUGGCUACGAUUGCACAAGAAGGAAAUGGAGAUUUAAUGCACGGGGUAACACAAAUACUAUCUAAGUGCACUUGUCUUGGUUCAUGCAUUGUUUCCAUGCCAAGGAUUGAUUUAUGGGCCGUGGAGACUUCUUAUGAAGAGUGUCAUUCCCCUGCAACAGAAGUUGAUUUUUCGGAGCAAAGCAGUUUCGUGGAACACAGUGAUGAUCUGAAUCAAUGUAGCCCUGCAGAGUCAGCAGAGCCCCAAGUUCCUAUUUUAAAAGCUUCACACCUCUGGUGCUCUUUUAUUGAGCAAGUAGAAUCCAUAUGCGUGUCUACAUCCUUGAUAAUUAUGGCUACUUCAGACAUGCCAUUUCCAUUACUCCCACAGGGAAUAAAGCAAUUCUUUGAGAGUGACACCUUCAAUUGCAGUCUUUCUGCUCCAUUGAAGGAUGCAGUACCCCGAUUCUCUGUUCUGGUCGGGGGUAACUUUGAUCGUGAUAUGGUGAUUGAUUUUUCUGCAGCAAAUUUAUCAAAGGAUUUAGCUAAAUAUUUUCUCCAGUUGAUUCACUCUAAAGCUCAUACUACUGAGGGCUCAGAAAAAGAGGGUAAAGCUUUAGAUGCUCGUAAAAGUGAUGCAAAUGCAGGAUGUCCAAAUCACGAACCUGUCUCAGCCAGUAAUCCAGAGUGCCCAAACCAAUUUCCUGCAAAUCCUGUUAUGAGGGAUGCACCUCCCUCUGUCACAAAAAAUAUGAAGGGAAAAUCUAACUUGAUGCUGGCAUUAAUAACGUUUGGCUAUCAAAUAUUACUGUAUCCUCAUUUUGCCGAGCUUUGUUGGGCCACAUCCAAGCUUAAAGAAGGCCCCUGUGCCGACAUAUCCGGACCUUGGAGAGGCUGGCCAUUCAACUCUUGCAUAAUUCGUCCUAAGGAUUCAUUAGAGAGAGAAAAUUUUGUUGUUGCUUGUAGUUCUGUGAAUAAAAGAUUGAACCAAAAAUCUGGUGUAGUUAGGGGCUUAACUGCUAUAGGUUUAUCGGCUUACAGAGGCAUGUACAUAUCACCAAGAGAAGUAUCAGCUGAGGUUCGGAAGGUUCUAGAGCUUCUAGUUGUAUGGAUUCAUGCGAAAAUUGAUGCUGGGAGUGACAAAUGUAAUUUUGGUCGUUUGCUUUCGCAAGUGGCUUAUCUUGAGGAUUUGGUUAAUAGCUGGGCGUACCUGCUACAAAGCUUAGAGAUUCAUGGUCAAGUGACUGAAGCAGACCCUAUGGGACCACAUGAUAGAUACAAGAUCUGUGAAGAUGAACCUAUUACUGAAAAUGGUUUGCAUGAUGCAGAAUCUCGAAGUCCCCUAUAUUUGAACAUUACAGAUACUGGAUCUAUCCCUUCGCACAUUGAUGCGGAUGCUGGUCAGCUGAACGGGAAGGUAAAAGCAACUCUAGAAGAGCCUUCUCGUUAUACAUCCUUACAAUCUCAGAACUCCAUAGAUAUUAAUGUUGAACUUUUAAAUGGGAAGGAUGGUGUCAGUUCUCCAACACAUGAAUUAAAAAGUUCUGAAAAUGAUGUGAAGGUAAAUAAAGUGCUUAGGCCCAUUUCUAAUGGUUACAUAGAUACCGAUUCCGUAGUAGUUUUAGAGGAUGGUCCUCGUGCUUUAGGUGAUCAUGCCUCUAAAAAGUAUGUUGAUGGUGUAAAAGAUAGUAACCAAGAUGAUAAUAUCUUGUCCUCGGAUGAUAUAGAUGUGCCUCCUGAAGAUGGAAACACAAUCUCUUCUAAAGAAAACGGCAUAAUUGAUCCUGUACCAAAUCUUAGUUUUCUAUGUUUGUACCGCUGUUGUUCCAAGUGUCUUGUUCUGCUCCAACGAUUGGUACGGAAGAAUCUCUAUCGUCAACCGGGAUUGAGAGGGAGCCAGUUGACAGUGGAGGAUGUACAUGACUCUGUCAAAUCUUCAUCAGUGCAUCUCCAUUCAGAGGUUAGGAAAUUUUGCUCAAGCGAGAAUUUAAAGAGUUUGUUGGUUGAAAAUGUGGAGAGUUGUGAUCAUGUCGAAUUGGAUGAGGGUCAGAAAACUAAAGUUUGUCGAUGCAAGAAUUCUGGAAAGAAAUUUAUCAGGCCGUGUGAAUGUACUUCUCAUCCAAGAAUGGAGAGUGCAACAGCGGAAGCGAGUACUUGGAAUCCUCGUGAACUAGAAUUAGAGUUGAUCUACAAAGAUGGUGUAUUAGUCUCAGUAGAUCCUACAAAGGAGGUUUCUUGGCACUGUAAAUUUGAGACUUUAUGCCUUUGUUCCCUUAUAGAGUGGAUAGAUAGACAGACGAAGCAGCCUUCUGAUUAGUUAGUUGCUGGCUUUGUCUUGGCAAGUUUUGGUAUGCCUGCGGAGUUUAGGGCCUAGAUUCCUUGUAAAAAUCUAAAUUUUGCAUAAGUAUCAGUUUACAUGCUGGAUAUGUUAAAUUGUUUGAAUUUUUUCA